AUUUUUUACAGUUUACCCUUCUUCGCGAUGACGACGAACGGCCGCUCAAUAAUCAAUUCAUUAACAGAAAUUCACACAAUUUUGAAUUAAAACAAAAUGCAGAAAAUAGGGGAAGAAUAAUUUCCCUUUGGCGUAUUGGUCUGUGAGCAAACGCCCUGUAAAGAAGAGCUCCCCAGUUUCCAUGUAUAUACAUUUAAACACACCUCCUCGAUCCCACCGCUGCCUCUAGAAACACUCCCAUUUCCUCCAUUCUUUCUGCAAUUGCUAUUUUCACUAGUUGAACAAAAGGGGAAGCAUAAAGAUUCGAUUUUUAUUCUUCUUAUUGCGGGGAGCGAUGGGCGAUGGUGAGAAGAAGAAGAAAAAGAAGCGAGGUGGGGCGAAGAGGAAGAUGACAGUGGAGCAGACAGCGGCGUACGGAGCUGUGAGGGAGUGGGUUUUCUUGGAGCAGUCGAGUGGUGGUGGGAAUUCGAUGAUUGUUGAUGAUGAUUUUGGGGUGCAGUGCUAUCAGCCUAAGGAGAAGCUUGUGUUUGAGUUUCAUUGCCACACAACAUGCAGUGAUGGAUUCCUGUCCCCUUCUAAGCUUGUUGAGAGAGCUCAUCACAGAGGGGUGAAAGUGUUGGCUUUGACAGACCAUGACACGAUGUCUGGCAUCCCCGAAGCCAUGGAAGCAGCUCGCAGAUUCGGCAUCAAAAUUAUUCCUGGUGUUGAAAUCAGCACAAUUUUCUACUCAAGAGGGGAUUCGGGAGCACAGGAACCGGUUCACAUACUUGCUUAUUACAGUAGCUGUGGUCCUACAAAUUCCGCAGCAUUGGAGAAGUUUUUAGGGGAUAUUCGGGACGGCAGAUUCCUCCGUGCAAAGAACAUUGUUUCGAAGCUGAACAAACUGAAGCUGCCAAUUAGGUGGGAAACCGUGACAAAGAUAGCAGGAAAAGGCGUUGCACCUGGAAGGCUUCAUAUUGCUCGUGCUAUGCUGGAAGCGGGACACAUAGAAAAUCUGAAACAGGCAUUUACCAGAUAUCUUUAUGACAACGGACCUGCUUAUUCCACGGGAAGCGAGCCCAGUGCAGAGGAAACAAUCCGUUUUAUACGUGAAACCGGGGGUGUUUCCAUAUUGGCGCACCCAUGGGCACUGAAAAACCCUUCUGCUAUAGUCAGGAGACUUAAGGAAGCAGGUUUACACGGUAUAGAGGCUUAUAGAAGCGAUGGGAAGCUGUCAGUAUAUAGUGAUCUAGCAGAUGUGCACGAUCUGUUGAAGCUUGGAGGAUCCGACUAUCAUGGGAGAGGGGGGCAACAAGAGUCGGAUGUGGGAAGUACAAGCGUUCCUGUGUUGGUUGUGCAAGAAUUCCUCAAGGUCGCCCGGCCAAUCUGGUGUAACGCCAUCCAAGACAUACUCGAAAACUACAUCAAGGAUCCUUCCGACUCAAAUUUGCAAGGCAUUGUCAAAUUCGGAAGAAUGGCAACUUCCAAGACAAGUUUGAGUUCUGGCAGUGCGAGCGACUUGAUCAACCAGUGCUUGGCAGCAUGGCUGUCCAAAGAAGAACGAGAAAAUUCCGAAUUUGAGGCCAUCAAGCUGGAGUUGGAAGCCCAUGCUGAAGCAGGUAGAUGUUAAACUGCAUUUUUCUUCAAUUCUUUUUUCCUUUCAUACAAGAGACCGUUUCCAGAAAACAGGCAUACAUUCUUUAUUUUACAAAUUCAAAUUAUGUCAGUUUCUACUCAUAAUUUCAUGUCACAAAUUUUUUUGGACUUAGAAAUUGAUUGUUUAGGUUCAUGUUAUAUUGUAAGUAUUCUGUAUUGAAAUGGCUUCAACAUUUAUUAAAGUUUCCCAAUUAUUAUUCUGUU